AUGGAUGAUAACUACCAGAAUUACUCAAACGAUUCCACCUUUGAGGUUUCCGAUUUUUUCGAGUUCAACGACUGGGUCGAGCAUGUCGAUCAUCCCACGUUCUCAUCCGUGCCCCCGGGCUACAAUGAUUCGAGUCCUCCGGUUAGUGAUCCGAACUAUGUAAACGGGUUUGUCAUGAACUCGAGUGCGAUUAGUGACAACAACACUUCAUUACAUGAAGCGACAAUGAUCAAUAAUAGGGAAAUUGGUAUUGGCAAGAAAAAGAGAAGAGAAAGAGUUGCUUUCAAAACCAAGUCUGAGGUCGAGAUACUCGAUGAUGGCUUUAAGUGGAGAAAGUACGGCAAAAAGAUGGUUAAAAACAGCCCAAAUCCAAGGAACUACUACAAAUGCUCGAUCGAUGGCUGCCCAGUGAAAAAGCAAGUCGAACGGGACAAAGAGGAUCCACGAUACGUGGUAACAACUUACGAGGGUGUUCACAAUCACCCGUAA